CGCUGCGCGUGCCGGCCCGCAGCCUGCGCGAGCCGAGCGGGCUUCCGCGGCCCGAGACGUAGCCGGAACUUCCGCCGCCGCCGCCGCCGCCGCUGUAACCUCUCGACGGACUGCGGUCCACUGUAGGCAGCUCUCCGAGCCGGCGGCCGCUGCGUGGCGAUCGUGUCCCGCCGCCCCCGUAGCCGUCCCUGCCGCCCUGCAUCAUCUCCGCCUCUCCGCAGCCUCCGCCGUCCGCUCCGCUGAUGCCGAUACUGCACACUCUCUCUCUCUCUCUCUCUCUCUCUCACGCACUCACUCUCUCUCUCUCUCUCGCUCUCAGCUCCCGCACCACGACGCACCACCUUCGCGGCGAGCUGCUCCAAGCGCACUACCGGAUCGCCUCGCGUUUUCUAUACUACGCUAGUAUAUCUACCUACUAUGGAGCGAGAGAGAGAGAGAGAGAGAGAGAGCAACGCCAAGCCAGGGGGAUCGAUCUAGCGCCGCCGCCGCCGCCGCUCGCCGUGUGGGCGCAAGCGCAUACCCACCACCCUCCAACACCAACGCCGUUGACAGCCGACGCGUUUACGACCGCAACCUCGAAAUUCGCUCGUUACACGAACCACGGUUAAAAAUUCUGAAUAAAAUUGAAGAUAAAAAUGAAGAGGUCCUCCCAAGCCGAAGGGUCGUCGAACCCGGCGAAAUUCAACGAGCGCCAGCCGGACUCGCUGCGAUACCUGGACAGCGGCGACGGAGUCGGGGCGAAUCCCCCGCACACACGGAGAUUCGUCGACAACCGCCAGCCGGAAUGUCUCGAAGCCGGAGAAUGCGCCGCUUAUCACAGCCACAGACCGGCUGCUUAUCAAUCCGGCGGUGGGCCGUCCCUACACGCCGAGACGCAACGGAGCUCGCAGCAGGUAUCGUCGAAUAGUAGCAGGGCGCUCCAGUUCACCCCCGAAAUGAUACGCGAUCAGGAGCUGCUGGUAACGUCGAUGAGUCAACAGGGAAUUCCCGAGACUCUCAUCCGCCGGCAGUUCGAACGGCUGAUGGACGAGCAGAGCAAGCAGCUCAGGCUAUUGGGAGACAAUAGUAAAUCGGCCGAGGCUAACGCGCCGAGAGUCAGGAGAAAUAGCUCGACGGAGGAUACGAGGCGCGAUAAUGAAACGCCUCCGAGGACGAGUAGGCUCGAGCCGUCGAGUUUGCUGAAGAUACGCAUGAGGAAGGAGGAGACGGACUUCCGGAAGAGGAACAACGGACUGCAGGAUCCCGUCGUCGCUCGAGACAUUUUGAAAAAGUGCAGCUUCAAGGUCAAGGGCGCCGUCAGGAGAAACGAAAACAGCGCGACGCAAGGACAGAUCGUCAGACUGAACGGUGCUCAGGACAGAAGCGAGAUGGAGAGCCUCGAGCUGCAGCCCACUCGGAGCGCGGAAGUGCGCGAGAAGCAGAAAUCGGCCAACGGGUUGGAAAACGCGAGAAAUUCCCAACGAGUCGACGAACAACACACUCGGCAGCAUUACUGCGAACAAAGCGCGCCGUUAUCGCAGAACGAUCAAGCCGCGAUUAUUAACGCUACGAACGAGCAGCAGCAGCAGCAGUAUGCUACGCAGAGCAGCUUCAACAAUUUGACUUACUGGCCGGAAUUUCAGGAGCCACGGGUCAUCGGCGGCCUGACUUAUUUCGCGAGGAAACCGCAGUGCAUCCCUAGCCCUCCGGGACUGCUGUGCGAUAAUAACGGCUCCGUGGAUCCCAACAAAGCUGCGAGGACGUGAGAUCGCGCGCGCGUAGAAUUAUUUUUGUAAAUUGUUUGGUUUUUUUGUCUAGUUUACACAAAUUUGACCUGUCUAUCGAACUCUUCUCGCGAUUCUAUCGGGAUAUUUAGGGGUGAUCGAGUUCACAGCGAUUGAAUAAUACGAACACAGUUGAAAAGUGAAUAAAUUUUAUUCAGCAAAAAUUGAGGUGAAAUUAUAUUGAUAACUUAUGUUUACGUAUCUACUGAUUAAGGCAUAUACAAAGAUUUCGUUGAUUAUUGCGAGUCGAUCCGAAUGCCGUGCGCAUAGCUCUCUUCGAUAUAUCGACGUGUCAAGAAUAUCUUUUUUUCGCAACAUUCGAUCGUCGACAAUAACAACAAUAACAACAACGAUAACAGAUAACACUAGUUGUAAAAAUAAUAUAGUAAUAAAAAGA